AUGUUGCUCGCCGAUGUCUUAGUUUGUUUUCUCUCAUUAUUUAUUGGUGUUCCUGCUAACGACACAAAAUCUUGUGCUGUUUCAGGGUUCACUUCAUUACUCAAGUGCUCCUCAUGUUCAGAGUUGAAGAAUGUUGUGAAGAUGAAAAUGUAUCUGGAACUUCUAAGAACUAGUAACUUGCUCGUGAUCCUUAGAACGCUAUCCUCAAGUGCUUGCAUUCAUUGA